CAGGUAUUGCCUCUUAUUCAUCACUCCACUGCAGCUAAUCAGUAACCAAAGACCAUGUGACUCAAAAGGACCUGAAAGGCUGAUGAUCCUGGUGAAUUAGAGGAAUGCAGUCUCACUAGAUGGUGAAACGAGGACUGAGGAAGUAUUGAUUCCAAAAUAUCAUUCCUGAAAAAUCAAAGUCUCAACUUUCAAGAGAGCACCACAGAGAAGUAUUACCAAGGAAGUCAAAUUUUUGAAAGCACCUUUGAAGGGAAAGAAGAGAUUCGAGGGGCCACUGGGAUGCUCCAAGCAAGAGAAAAUGAGGAGAAAGACAAGAAACUUCAAAGAGAAGACAGUUCAAGACAAUAAAACACUCACAGAAGUGAGUGACCAAGAAUCUGAAAAAGAUGGCCCUACAAUAAAUGAGAGAAUUCAGGCUGUAAAGAGACAGUAUGUAUGUACUGAGUGUGGGAAAGCCUUUAGUCAGAGUGCAAACCUCACCGUACAUGAACGAAUCCACACAGGAGAGAAACCCUAUAAGUGUAAGGAGUGUGGAAAAGCCUUCAGUCAUAGUUCCAACCUGGUUGUUCAUCGGAGAAUCCACACAGGAUUGAAGCCUUACACAUGCAGCGAAUGUGGGAAAUCUUUCAGUGGUAAGUCCCACCUUAUUCGGCACCAGGGAAUCCACAGUGGGGAGAAAACCUAUGAAUGUAAGGAGUGUGGGAAAGCCUUUAGUCGGAGUUCUGGCCUGAUUUCACAUCACAGGGUUCACACUGGUGAGAAGCCCUACACAUGUAUUGAAUGUGGGAAAGCCUUUAGCCGUAGUUCAAACCUUACUCAACAUCAGAGAAUGCACAAAGGAAAAAAAGUUUACAAGUGUAAGGAGUGUGGGAAAACAUGUGUUUCUAAUACAAAGAUUAUGGAUCAUCAGAGAAUUCACACUGGGGAGAAACCUUAUGAAUGUGAUGAAUGUGGGAAAGCUUUCAUCUUAAAGAAGACCCUUAAUGAACACCAACGACUUCAUCGUAGAGAGAAACCUUACAAAUGUAAUGAGUGUGGGAAAGCUUUUACUUCUAAUCGAAAUCUUAUUGAUCAUCAGAGAGUUCACACUGGAGAGAAACCCUAUAAAUGUAAUGAAUGUGGAAAAACCUUCAGGCAGACUUCUCAAGUGAUUCUACAUUUGAGAACCCACACGAAGGAGAAACCCUAUAAGUGCAGUGAGUGUGGGAAGGCCUAUCGUUACAGCUCACAGCUUAUUCAACAUCAGAGAAAGCAUAAUGAGGAGAAAGAAAUGUCAUAAAUAACAUUGUUACAAAGUGGAGCGAAUUGCUGCUUUUAGGAAAAGCAGGUUUCAGUAUCAUCAACCUUAAUUCUUUAAGUAUCCACACAGGGAAAGUAAUCAGAAGUAGACAAAGAUUAACAGAAGCGGGUAUUCAUGCCAGCAUCAUGUAUAACUGGAGGAAGAAAACUAGAGUUUCGACAGAAUUGGGUUUAAGUGAAUGAUGGUCUAUCCAUAUGAUGGCUUUGCAUCCAUUGUAAACAUUUUAAAAAAAUAUUUAGUGCCAUGGAAGAAAUGAUUUGAAUAAAGUGGAAGAUAAAUGAAAGAGAAAAACAAUGAAAUAUCCAAAUUAAAAAAAAAUAUUUAUGCAAAGGAAAAAAUGGAAAUGAAAUAAUACCAAACCAAAAUAUUAACAGUGAUUAUCUCUGGGUAAUAGGAUUAUAGGUAAUUUCUAUUUUCUUCUUUAUACUUUUCUAUGCUUUUUAGAUUUUCUACAAUGAGAAUGUACCACUUUUAUAGUCAGGAAAAAAGUAGAGUAUUUUUUAAAUGCAGUGAGCACAUAUUCAUUUUCAUUCAACAGUGUUAUGAAAGUUACAGACUCUAAAGUCCUAGGAUUGCACCCCAUUACUGACCUUAGUUCCGAUACUAAUACUGAUCUGAGUUCAAAUUCUGGCUUAAACCACUUAUUACCCAGUCACCUAACCCUCAGCAGGGGAACCCUCAGCAGGUCACUUCCUUUUAGAGCCUGUUUCCUGCAUAUUACAUCAUAAAUACCAGUUGUUGACUUCUGCAGUUUUAAGAUAAACUGACUUUAUAGUCAUCAACAAAAUAUCUAAUCCACUUUCUUAAUCACUUUUAGGUUAAAAGAAAACAGUAAAAAUUUACUAUAUUCUCUCCCACUGCUGUAGAAGGAUCCAGAGAGAAUAAAGAACCACCUAGGCUCCAUCUUUUCAAUAUAUGUCUGCAGAACCAGAAAAAAAUACCCCCGUAUGAAAUUGGAACAAUUGCAGUUUCAUAACCUUUAAAGAGAGUCAGCAUAAUCUAAAACAAGGGGAAGACUACCGUCACAUGUUUUAUAGACUUUAGUAGCUAAAAUAGCAGACUUUUGGGUCAGAUAUAUAUAUGUUCUGAUUCCAGAUCUGCUAUGCACUAGCUUGCCAGUUUUGGACAGGUCUCUUAACUGCCCUGAGCUGUAAGUUUAUCUGUAAAAUGGGAGUGACUACCUACUUCACCAGAUUGUUGUGAGGAUUAAGUGAGAUAAUGCCCAUAAAUGUGUGACCAGCCUUUAUGUCCAGCUCUCUGAGAAGGCCUUAAUCUGUUUUCAAUAAGUAUUUUAAACUUUUAAGGCAGCUCAGAAUCUGGGAACCCUUAGAACUGCCCCAUUCUUAACUCAGUCAUUCCUCCUUCUUUGUAUACAAUGAAUGCAUAAGCCUGACAUCAUUUGUCUUCUGCCUGUGUAGUGAUACAUCAUUUUAGGAACUACUGAGGAUUUGAUAUCCCAUUUGUACAAGAAAAUGGAGUCUCAAGUGAGGUUAGGUGACUGGCUAAUAAGUGGUUUAAGCUAGAAUUUGAACUCAGAUCAGAUUUUCAAGUCCAUGCUUUCUGUGUUUUACCAAAGUGCCUCUGCCCAUCAUGAUGAUUCUGUGAGUGGGAGACCAAGUAACCACUUCUGUGAAAGGUGGUUGAUGAUAUGUGGACAAUUAUAGGUUGAUCAUGGUUUCAUAAGGAAGAUGCUGAAAAGAAGGGGAUGGUAUGAAGUGUAUAUUUGGGUGGAAAGAGAUUGUUUAGUUUUUGUCCUAUUUUGUGUGAUAGGAUAAUGGCUUAUAUAUAAUUUUGUGGUAUAAUAGUCCCUCUUUGCAUAGUUAUUCAAAGCACGGUUUCUAGGCUCUGUUGCUGUGUUCAGAGGGUAGCACUGUUGUAUCGUUGGUCACCCUUGGGCAGGCACUUCCCCAAGAGUCUGGGUGGACACAAGGGAGGGUCACCCACCUGUGACUGUCGCUAGACAGAAUUGCAGCAGGAAGGGACUUGUAUCAUUUCCCUGGUCAUGUGUCCUUUUCAAAAUUCCACAGGAAGGUUGUAAUUAAUAUUUCAUGCCUUUUGUCAUGCCAGCCAUUCUCAGCUGCUGAUUACUUAUAUGGAAACUCCCAUGACUAAUGUCUCCUGGCUCUCCUAAAACUGCUUUAUAAGAAAACAGGCAACUAACUUCCUGUGUGCCUGUUGGGGGUAUUUUUUAAGCAUUUAUUAUUGCUGAGCAGAGUUUUUGGUGCUUCUGAUACUGCUGAGCAAAACAUUUUUCCACCACUGUGACACAGUGUCUGAAAUUCUUUCUUCAGCUAGCCUUUCUUUUUCAUAUUAGAGGACUCUGUUGUCUCCAAGAGCAAGUAUCUUCUAGGAAGGAAGCCAGAGAUCUGAAUAAAUUGACAUUUUUUACCCAGGCAAGCCAAGAUAGUGGACCCUGGAGAAAGCCCUCAGUAGCUUCUAAUCUUCUAGGCUGAUAUCUGUCUUAGACUGCAAGAGUAAAUGUUAAUAAGUGCACUCUAUACCCUUUCAUUGGAGAAGGCAAUGGCAACCCACUCCAGUACUCUCGCCUGGAAAAUCCCACGGACAGAGGAGCCUGGUAGGCUGCAGUCCACGGGGUCUCUGAGAGUCAGACAUGGCUGAGCGACUUCA